AUGGCUCACGAAAACGUUUGGUUCUCCCACCCAAGAAACUUUGGUAAAGGUUCAAGACAAUGUAGACAUUGUUCUUCCCACUCUGGUUUAAUCAGAAAAUACGGUUUGGACUUAUGUCGUCAAUGUUUCAGAGAAAAAGCUGCUGACAUUGGUUUCAACAAAUACAGAUAA